UUCAUGCACCUAUGUAGACCAGUGAGCUGAGGCAGUUUUCUAUUUUGAUUGAGCGCCUUAGCGAGAUGGGUAAUCGAUAUUAUUUAUUCUUCGCUCUCGUUUGUCUUGUUGCUCUGUUUCCUGCACUUGCGCUGGCUAAUGCUUACUGUGGACCGAUAGAGGCUGAUGACAAGGAUCAACUUCAGUUCGCUCUGAACUUGGAAUUUUUUGAAACAGAAUUCUUCUUGUUUGGUGCACUUGGUUGCGGUCUCGAUGCUAUUGCUCCAGCUUUGGCCAAAGGAGGUCCUCCGCCGAUUGGAGCACAAAAGGCCAAACUUGAUCUUGUUUCUCGUAAGAUCGUUGAGGAAUUUGGUUAUCAAGAAAUCGGCCACCUCAGGGCUAUUAUAACAACGGUUGGUGGAUUUCCAAGGCCUCUAUAUGAUCUCAGCCCUCAAAAUUUUGCGGAAGUGUUCGAUAGAGCAAUUGGCUACAAAUUGGUCCCUCCAUUUAACCCUUACCUUAGCACAGUCAACUAUUUCUUAGCAGCAUACCUUCUCCCUUAUGUGGGACUGGUAGGAUAUGUUGGGACCAUUCCCAACUUGAAAUACUACCCUACUAAAAGACUUGCUGCGUCACUGUUGGGAGUGGAGGCAGGGCAAGAUGCAGUGAUUCGAGCGCUGCUUUAUGAGAGAGCUUAUGAGAAAGUGUAUCCUUACAAUAUUACUGUAGCAGAGUUCACUAAUAAAAUAUCAUGUCUAAGGAACGAGCUCGCCAUGUGUGGGAUUAAAGAUGAAGGUUUAAUUGUGCCUCUUGAAUAUGGAGCUGAGAACAUGACUGAAAGUAACAUCUUAUCGGCCGAUACUAAUUCACUUUCCUAUGCUCGCACUCCACUUGAGAUUUUAAGGAUAAUCUAUGGAACUGGUAGCGAAUAUGAGCCUGGUGGUUUUUUGCCCCAUGGUGCAAAUGGUCGCAUUGCAAGAAGCUUUUACAAAGUUUAGGAGCAUGUUGAAAAAUAGAAAAAACCUAUCUAUGGAUUCAAAAUAUAUAUAAAAUUAUGAUGAAUUUUAUAUAAAAAAAUAAUUAAACCGUAUACAUUUACCUUCAUUUAGAUAUGCUCUUAAGUGAGAAAUCACCCUGGAAAAUAAUAAGUCCCUAGAUUAGUUGCAUUUUCUUUAUGAUUAUUUUGUUACAGAGUCUGAAAAUUGGCCCUGCUUUGUUAGCUCGAUUUUCCAAUCGAGAAUUACUCAUAAUUUUCUGCUUACAUUUUCCAAAUGUAUUUUAGGAUAUGUAUACAUAUUUUCUCCUACAAGAGCAAUGUUCAUAAUCAGCAGAUAUAACUUUGGCCAUAUCAAUUGGAAAUUGGAAUUUAGAAGGAAGGGGUUAACCACAUCAAUUGGAAUUUAGAAGGAAGUGAUUAACCACAACGUAACGGACGCCUGGACUACAUCCGUUGCGUGCUUAAUUAGCGUAUUAACAUCCCAUAUUUUUCCAUGUCUGUCUGAUUUUCAUAAUUCCCAGGUUUCCAUAGGGAUCAUGUUCUGUGCCCAUAUACGAGCUAAAUAAUUCAAUGGAUAUCAACUACAUAGCUAGCGAAAUGGCCAACACUAACGGUUGCUCUUUCUCCUUGACAAUCGUUUGUCUUCUUGUUUUGGCGCUUGCCCUUGUACUGGAUACUCAUGUAGAUGACAAGGAUCGGAUUCAGUUUGCUUUCAACUUGGAAUUCGAAUUCUUCUUGUUAAUUUGGUGCUCUUUGGUCAUGGGAUUGAUGCUACUGUUCCAACUUUCGCCAAGGGUGGUCCUCCUCCCAUUUGAGCCCAAAAGGCUAAACUUGACCCUGUUUCUCGUAAAACCAUCAAGGAAUUUGGUUAUCUAGAACUCGAAUCACCUCAUAUACUUAUAUUUUUGUGAGCAACCAAAUGCUUAAAGCUUUUUGUUUUGUAAUCCGCAAUAAUGUGCAAGAGAAAGUAGAAAGCGACUAAAAUAAAUGGCACUUCAGUCUUCAAAGUCUAAAACC